ACUACUGUGCGGGUAAAAGUGGGUCGGCAUUUGAUCAAAUUUCCCCUCCGAGUUCUGGCUUAGUUUCUGAAAUGGGAUAUGGCUUAAAAGGAAUAUCAUUAGCGGCAAAGUGCGUAAUUAUAAGCUAAUUUGGCAAGGAUUUUGUUCCCACUCAAUUCUAAACCUUUUUAUCUGUUCAUCGGGGGAAAAAAGAGGCAAGAAACCACAACAUCAGCGGCAUUCUACAGGCAAUGAUGAUGUACUAACGUAGCCGUCAUGAACAACAUACCGCGAUGGGCAGCCCUGCUGCUGCUCCUGGGUUUGGCCCAUCAGCUAGACCCCUCGCUCGCCACGUCCCCAUCCACAUUCUCAUCCGGACACGCCUGGCAGCGUACAUUCUUCGGGCGCGAUUCACGCAACAUGAUGCACCGCAGAGCCCCGUUUCCCAUCGCCGGAGAAAUGAGUCUCAAUGAUUACCUUGGACCCUAUGCCACCGUUGAGCAGGAGCAGCAUCAACCGCUUCCGCCGCCGCAGCAGAUGCGCCAGCAGACCGAAGUUUACGGAAUUGUGGAGCCGCUGAUUGAGGACACGCCCUGCGCGGACCGCGCCUGUCUCCUCAACGACGAUUGCUGUCCCUCCGGAGUGUGCGUCAACACAUACGGCGAAGGCAAAUGCGUUUAUGUGUUUGGACGGCAGCGGGACUUGUGCCAGCGUCAUGCGGACUGUCCACAGGGAAGCGCCUGUAUGUUGGUCGCCCAAGAGGGAGUCUGGAGAUGCGAGACAGAUGCGGAGUCGGGUGGGCCUACGUCACUCCUGGAGGAUAUAUUCGGACUGAAGCAGAGGCAGCCUCUGGGCAGUGAGUGCAGCAGCAGCAGCGACUGUCAGGUGAUCAAUGGCAUGUGCUGCCAGCAGCAAAGGUUGCAUCAUCGGGCAGCCAUUAAGCUAAGCUGUGGCUAUUUCCGCGAUGCCUUCGACUGUGUGGACAUGGUAGGAACAGAGCGUCACCGCAAUUAGGGAUCUAAGUCCUUGGGUAGCGAAGCUCAGGAAACCAAAAAAGGGAAACAGCCAAAUAAAAAAAUGAACCUAACAACCGAUUGAAAAGUUAUUCCUUGGAAUUAUUUCAACAUUGCAAAAUAUCCAAUUGUUAAACGAAUACAUAUCAAGUUCAAAUUGCUAGAGCUUAGGGCAUUUGGAUUUAUAUAAUCUGCAUAUGAAUAUUUAUUAUUACUCAAACAAUCUUAGAUAUCUAAAUGUGUUUUUAGUAGAGACUCCAAAUAUACUGACUGAGGCAUUCAAUGUUAUUAACAGAAGCAGAGUAUUCCAAUGCAAUUUUACCAUAUUCAAGCAACAAUUAAAUCGUUUCACGUCUAAAUGUAAAUCGAAUACAAUAAAGGCAUUAGCAAA